AUGGUCCAGAGGCCCCUUGUCUUUUCUGUGUACCUCGAAGCAAGGUACCUUGGUGUCUCAACACCUGAGGACUUCGAGCGCUUGAUCCAGCUAUUUCUAAUGACAGAAACCGGUAACAAUGACGUUUUGCAGUUUGCUGAGGCCACGCAGCAACUGUUUAGCGACGCAUCAGCAGAGCUCCACAAGCAGAGUGGACAGGAUCUGCGGCUUUCAGAUCUUGCCUCUAUGCUCGAAGCCGUUGACGACGAGAUUCUGCUGCGCCUUGUAACCGCAUUAUGGUCUGCUACUGUGGAUCGCCUAGUCGACGACCCACAGCCGUGGAAGGAUGCCUUCUCUGACCUGCUACUUGUGCUUGGACUCUAUCCGUCUGGAAGAGUGCAGAGGCUCUUUAUCACCCAAGACGAGAUAGUGCUGCUCCUUCUUUCGAUACUGAAGCCGCAGGAGGCAGAUUCAGCAGAGAACCUGAUACGGAUGGCAGCCAGAGAGCUCUCCAAGAUGAAAUGCAGGCGGGGCUGUCUGUCUCUGUCGCAUUUUAUCAACCAUCUUACACAGCAAGGCAUCGAUGGCCGGGCUCUCACGGGCACCGUGUGUAUACUAAGAAACAUGAGUUCGGAAGUGUCAUUCACUGAUUGUGCCAUGAAGGCGCUUCAAAGUUUAGGGGUGGAUGAGGAAGAAGGAGAUGCGAUCUUGCAGGCUGUUCUAUGCAGUCCAAAGUUCCAAGAGCUGAGGUACGGCGUACCCAUUGAUAGUGAUCUCACAGCGCAGAUUACCACGUUGUAUCUCAGCGAUUGUGGCUUCCAGCGAGGGGAAGGGGGUGUAGAGGAUUCUAGGCGUGGUCAUGUAGAGAUGAUCUUCGAGCAUAUCAACAUGUUGUACUUACAGAACCUUGAGGAUUUUCUGCAUAAAUUGAACUCUAGUGAAGAGGGGAUUCAGGACCAAUAUCUUGCCAAGGUCGUGGAUCCUGAUCCAAUAGAUGGCAUGCGCUGGGAAGACUUGAAUAUAGACGAGCUCAUCAUGCAAGCAGACUGGGUAGAGCUGCCUUUGGGAGGGAAGACGGAAUAG